AUGGCGGACCAGGCAGAGGUUAUUCACCCCAAAAAGCUCCCGAGCGAGACGCAUCAUGUCAUCGUCAAGCUCGAGGCGAUACAUGUUGAAGCCCCUGAGAUCGAUUCGUCGCCUUACACACACGAAGCUAUAGUGUACGAUUACACACCGGCGACAGCGCACGAGCUCAUCGCAGCAAGGCUCCACGAGGCAAGCAUCUUCAUCACGACCAUGAUUCCUGUCAACGCCCAAACUCUCGGAGAGGCCCCUCACCUGAAAUGUAUUAUCACAGAAACCACCGGCACGAACCACAUUGACCUUGACGAAUGUCGCCGCCGCGGCGUGACUGUCUUCUACUCACCGGAUGCCACAUUAGAGGCCGUCUCUGAGCACGCUCUGGCCAUGUACUUUACCCUCCGCCGUCGCCUGCUUGUCCUCACCAACGCCAUGUCAACAUACACGCCAACGACCCCGAACACAUGGAAGACCAGCGGCACCAUGUCUGGUCUCCUCCGCGACUCCGAGGGUCGCCCGCCACACACCUGCCAAACCGAGACUGUCGGCAUCCUCGGCUACGGGCCCAUCGGUCGCCGCAUCGAGACUCUCUGCAAAGCCCUCGGCAUGCCGACUCUCGUCGCUGCUCGGAAAAACCAAGCUCUGCCUGUCCCGGCGGGCCGGACCCCAUUUGCCGACGUCCUCCGCACCGCGACAGUCAUAUUCGUUGUCGUCCCGCACACCCCUGAAACGGUGAAUCUCAUCGCGACGGAGGAAAUUGCAACCAUGCGGCCUGACGCCGUUCUCAUCAAUGUUGGUCGCGGCGGGACAAUCGACGAGGCAGCACUACUGGCAGCUGUGCGUGAAGGGCGGCUGUACGGUGUCGCGACGGACGUUUUUGCCACGGAACCUGCGGGCUCAGGAGCUGACAGCGUGCUGCUCGGGAAAGAUGUUCAGGAAAACGGGCUUAACGUUGUGCUGAGUCCGCAUCUUGCCUGGUGCGCAGACACGACGAGGCUGAAUGUGGUGAGAGUUGUUGGAGAGAACCUCAAGACGUAUUUCACAGGGGGAGACAAGAAUCUCGUCUUGGAGGGAAGGAAAUAGGGCAAAAGGAAUAUACAGGGUUCGGUGCAGUAGUAGAAUCCAGCAGUCAUUAAAAACUGGCCCAGGCAUAUCCGCUUCAUCGCAGUUUUCGAUGAUGCGUUGAUCAUGUUUUCAUGUUGCCUAACCUUCCUGGGCAGAGUAUGGACACAUCGUCGGUCGGUAUGAGAGGUGCCGUGGACUAUCAUGUGAUCAGAGAAAGCACACAGCAGCUUGAUUCGACAUGGCUCAGUCCAUAGUUGAAGACCAAGCAGCAAUACUGACACCGUUAAGUAGCGGCUAGUUCGGUCCGACGGCGAAAUAUUAUGAGGAAAUGAUUGGCGAUCUAGGUGCUUGUUGUUGAUGAGAGGGGUGCAAUAUGCAUGCAACCCUCACGAACCCCGCGCUCCAGGUUGCUUUUGGUAGAACGUUUGUCUUACUUACCGAAGAUACCACUCAUCCUGCUUUCUUCCACAUGAGUUUUCUAUCACAACAGCCAAGUUCAACAGGCACAUACUCUUCCGUCAAGAAGCAUGGCUGAAUGGCAUGACAUCUCAUGCCGCCGGUCUGACCUCAUUUGAUAGAGAGGAUCAGGGCCUUAGCGCCCGUUGCAUGAUGAGCACGCCAGACAUUAGGAGACGAGCCGCACGAAUAUUGCAGAUAUUCAAGGUUGCCUGACCUGACUGCAAGAUGACGUAUUCGUUGUUUUGGCUGGUAAAAGCCACCACAAGUUCGGGUAUUUCUGCUGUUUGAAUC